UACAACGGUUCUUUGUAUAUAUUAUACUCACAUUCUAUACUUGGUACCGUACAUUUUCGUUUUGGUAAUAACAUGAACGUCCUCACUGUAACAGUACUGUUUGUGUUCCAGUUGAUCCAUCAAGCUCAGUUUAUAUUAUUUGAUCGAAAUGAUAGCGAUACUUGGAAUGAUAUUAUAGACGAUGAUCCCGAAAACGAAAUUAAACUAAAGUUUGUCAAUGGAUCCGAAUUGACUUUUUUCUAUUGGAACUCUAAUCUUGGAAAUGAUAAGCCAAUAGAUAUUGCAUUCGAUAAAGUAUCAAGUGUACUUGAUUAUUGGAUUGACGGUCUCCCUUUAAAAGUUAUUACACACGGAUGGCUUGCGUCAGAUGAUGAUUUCACUGGAGUGUUUUGCAUUAAAACUGCUUAUGUCGACACUGGUGGGUUCAACAUUAUCACGGUGGAUUGGAGCCAUAUAGCAGAAGAUAUUAUCUAUAGCAGACCAGCUGUUUUGACCUUAUCCGUGGGUUAUGUGAUUGCCGAAUUUUUUGAAAAUUUGGUCGCACACACAGGGACACAUCCGUCGGACAUACACUUAUUAGGCCAUAGUCUCGGUGCUCACGUCAUGGGGUCUUGCGGUUAUUAUUUUAAAUCAGGGAAAAUUGGCAGGAUCACCGGUCUGGAUCCAGCCUGCCCGGGAUUUCAGUUUAUUCCUUUGCAAAAACAACACUUGAAUAAAGACGAUGGAAAAUUUGUAGACGUGAUACACACGUCUGCAGGGACUCUUGGUUAUAUGAAUAGUUUGGGUCACGUCGAUUUUUAUCCAAACGGCGGAAUAGCACCACAACCGGGAUGUAGUAUUUUAAAAUUAAAACUCUUAAUUUGCAGUCAUUCGAGAGCGUACGAACUCUAUGCGGACUCUGUGUACAAUAGAAAAUCUUUAAUCGCGACACAAUGUAAUUCGUGGUUAGACUUUAUAACAAACAAGUGUGAAAACAACACUAAAAUUAUGAUGGGACACGACGCAGAGGAAAAUAUUAAUGCUCGGGGUGAUUUCUACUUGAAGACAAGUCAAUCGAAACCUUUUAGUAUUUUAUAAGAUUAUUUAUACUUAUAUAACUGCAUAAUAUAUUAUAAAUAAUUAUUAACAUUACACAGA